CUAUUCACUACUACUUCUCACGCUCUCAUUACAAGAUGUAUAAAGGGCAGGAAACCAGAAAUCGAGUGACAUCGGACGACCGACUGUAUCUGGACAUGUUGAAAUCCACCGAGAGCAGAAAAGAUGAACGGGACCGAGUGCAGAAGAAAACCUUCACAAAAUGGGUCAACAAACACUUAAUGAAGGCACAUCGUAGUAUCGAUGAUCUUUAUGAAGAUUUACGAGAUGGACAUAACCUGAUUUCUCUGCUGGAAGUUCUCUCGGGUGAUUCCUUGCCCCGUGAGAAAGGCCGGAUGCGCUUCCAUAAGCUGCAGAAUGUGGGCAUCGCUCUGGAGUACCUGAAGCACCGGCAGGUGAGGCUGGUUAAUAUCCGAAAUGAUGACAUCGCAGAUGGAAAUCCGAAACUGACACUGGGCCUCAUAUGGACGAUCAUCCUUCACUUCCAGAUCUCGGAUAUCCAGGUCAGUGGCCAGUCUGAUGAUAUGACGGCCAAAGAGAAGCUGCUGCUCUGGUCUCAGAGGAUGGUGGAGGGCUACCCUGAGCUGCGAUGUGAUAACUUCACCAGCAGCUGGAGAGAUGGCAGACUCUUCAAUGCGGUCAUCCACAGACACAGGCCAGUUUUGAUCGACAUGAACAAGGUUUAUCGACAGAAAAACCAGGAGAACCUGGAACAAGCAUUCACCAUCGCUGAGCGGGAGCUGGGGGUCACCAGGCUGCUUGACCCUGAAGACGUAGAUGUGCCCCAUCCUGAUGAGAAAUCCAUCAUCACAUACGUGUCCUCUCUGUAUGAUGCUCUGCCCAGGGUUCCUAACGUGGAGGCUGGAGUCCGAGCCAAUGAGAUCGAGCUGAGGUGGCAGGAGUAUUAUGAGAUGGUGACACUGCUCCUCCAGUGGAUUCGCCAUCACAUCACUAUGUUUGAAGAGAGGAAAUUUCCAGGGAAUUUCGAGGAGAUGGAGGUUCUAUGGCGACAGUUCCUGAAAUUUAAAGAAUCAGACCUGCCCAGUAGAGAGAUUGAGAAAAACCGCAGCAAGACUCUAUUCAAAAAUCUGGAGGGUGCUGUGCAGGAGGGUCACUUGAAGGUUCCUGCAGGCUACCACCCCAUUGAUGUGGAGAAGGAAUGGGGGAAGUUGCAUGUCUCAAUUCUGGAGCGGGAGCGUGUUCUCCGCAGCGAGUUUGAAAGAGUGGAGCGAUUCCAGAGGAUUAUCCUGAGGCUUCAGCAGGAAUCAAACCUGUGUGAGGAACAACUCAAACAAUCUGACGCACUCCUCAAAUCAGAUAUCCAUUUGAUUAACGCAGGGAAACCAGCUCAGAACGUUGCCAUGUUGGAACAUGACCUGGACAAGUCGGACAGUUUGAUUCGGAGCCUCUUCAAUGAUGUCCAGACCCUGAAGGAUGGUCGACACCUACAGGCAGAGCAGAUGUACCGCAGGGUGUUCCGUCUUCAUGAGUUCUUGGUUGCGACUCGUACAGACUAUUCUAUGCGAUUUAAGUCUGGAGCCCAGCCCCCUAUUCAUUCAUUCACAUUGGUGAACCAAACAAAGAGCAUCCCAGCGAUGGAUGGAGCAACACUGAAAUACAUCCAGGACUUGUUGGAGUGGAUUGAGGAGAACCAGCGGCGUCUCGAGGCGGCCGAGUGGGGCGUGGACCUGCCCACAGUGCAGUCCCAACUCGGGGGGCAUCGAGGACUGCACCAGUCCAUCGAGGAUUUCCGAGCCAAAAUCGAGAGGGCCCGAGCUGAUGAGCUCCAGUUAUCUCCUGGCAAUCAGAAUGCAUAUCGUGAUUACCUUGGCAAAUUGGACCUUCAGUAUGCUAAACUGCUGAAUUCCUCCAAGUCCCGUCUACGUAAUCUGGAGAGUUUGAACACGUUUGUUUCCAUGGCGACAAAGGAAUUAAUGUGGCUGAAUGAUAAGGAGGAAGAGGAAGUAAAUUACGAUUGGAGUGAGAGAAACACCAACAUGGCAGCCAAGAAGGAUAAUUAUUCGGGGCUGAUGAAGGAACUGGAACUGAAGGAGAAGAAGGUGAACAGUAUUCAGAACACAGGGGACAAGCUUCUCCGUGAUGGCCACCCAGCUAAACAGACCAUCGAGGCCUUCAUGGCUGCUCUCCAGACCCAGUGGAGUUGGAUUCUGCAGUUGUGCUGUUGCAUUGAAGCUCAUCUUAAGGAGAAUACUGCCUAUUUCCAGUAUUUCUCGGAUGUGAAAGAUGCUGAGAAUUUCCUCAAAAAGUUGCAGGACUCGAUGAGGAAGAAAUAUUCCUGUGAUCGCUCGAUCACUGUGACCCGCCUGGAAGACUUACUACAGGAUUCUAUAGAGGAAAAGGAGCAGCUUUCUGAUUAUAAAUCCCACCUCAGUGGCCUCAGCAAGAGAGCCAAGACUAUUGUACAGCUGAAAGCUCGCAAUCCAGCCCACCCCCUGAAGGCAAACCUGACGGUGGAGGCUGUGUGUGACUACAAACAGAUGGAGAUCACAGUGAACAAGGGUGAUGAAUACAUCCUGCUGAAUAACAGCCAACCCAAAAAGUGGAAGGUGGUGAGUCCGUCGGGCAAUGAAGCUCUUGUCCCUUCGAUCUGCUUCACUGUCCCUCCCUCAAACAAAGAAGCUCUGGAUGCAGUGAGCAGGCUGGAUAACACUCACCAAACAAUAGUGAACCUCUGGCACAAGCUGCACAUUGAUAUGAAGAGUCUCCUUCCCUGGUUAUACCUCAAUCGGGACAUGCAACUCAUCCGCUCCUGGAAUCUGCUCACGUUUCGGAGUUUGAAUUCCGAGGAUUAUAAACAUAUCCUUCCAAACCUGGAACUUCACUAUCAGGAUUUCUUACGGGAAAGUCAGGAUUCGCACAUGUUUGGACCCGAUGACCGGAUUCAGAUUGAGAGGGAAUACAAACUUACCGUUCAACACUACGAGAAACUGCAGCGGAGCCUAGAGAGAGGUGAACAGGAUGAGCUGAGCUGUAAAAAGUAUGUGACGCAGCUGAAGGACAUUCGACUGCAGCUCGAGGGCUGUGAGAAGAGAACGAUCCACAAGAUCCGACAACCACUCGACAAAAACCCCCUGGUCGAGUGUAAGCAGCGCAUCAGUGAGCAGCAGAAAAUUCACUCUGAGCUGGAAGGGAUUAAGAAGAAUUUGAACACAGUGACUGAGAAGACAGAGAAAGUCCUGGCCCUGCCAGAACAACUAAACAGCGCACCUUUGUUACGCUCUGAGCUGGACAUCACCGUACAGAAGAUGAACCGAGUCUACAGUCUCUCUGCUGUCUAUCUAGAGAAGCUGAAGACAAUUGAUGUGGUGAUUCGAAGCACACAGGAGGCUGAGAAUCUGGUAAAGAAAUACGAGACCCGGCUGAGGGAGGUAAACACUGUCCCUGCUGACACAAAGUCUCUGGAGUCCUACAAACAGCAGCUAAAGGGAAUGCGUGCUGAGGUUGGAGGUAACCAGCCACUCUUUGAUAAUCUGGAGAGUGAGCUCAGCAAAGCCAAACUGGUGAAUGAGCAAAUGAUUCACAGUCACAGUGAGCGAGAUGUUGACUUGGAUCGGUACCGGGAGUGUGUGCAGCAACUUCUGGAGCAUUGGCAGGGCAUCCAGGCGCAGAUUGACCUCCGUUCCCGAGAACUGGAACAACUGGGGCGACAGCUCAGCUAUUACCGGGAGGCUCACGAUUGGCUGAUCCAGUGGAUUCGGGAGACUAAAGAACGUCAGGAGAAGAUCCAGGCCAAGCCAAUCAGAGACAGCAGCCAACUCAGAGAGCAACUGCAGCAAGAGAAGAAAGUGUUGCAGGAAGUUGAGAAGAACAGAGAGAAGGUGGAUGAAUGUGAGAAAUUUGCAAAGCAAUACAUUGACGCUAUCAAGGACUUUGAGCUUCAGUUAGUUACCUAUAAAGCUCAGAUGGAACCUGUCAUAUCUCCAGUGAAGAAACAGAAAGUGGUCUCGGCCUCAGACACUGUCAUCCAAGAGUUGGUGGAUCUGCAGACUCGAUAUAUCGAACUGAUGACCCUGUCCAGUCAGUACAUCAAGUUUAUCACCGUCAAUCUUCACCGCCUGGAAAAUGAGGAGAAAACUGCGGAAGAAUUGAAGGCGGAAGAGAGAAAGCGUUUGGAAGAAGUGGAGGCGCAGUUAGAAAAACAGAAACAGCUGGCAGCUGCUCACGCUAAAGCCAAAACUGAGGCUGAGAGAGAAGCUAAAGAACUGCAGCAGAGAAUAGAGGAAGAGGUAACGAAGAGAGAAGCUGUUGCAGUCAAUGCUGAGCAGCAGAAACAGAAUGUUCAACAAGAAUUAAGCCAACUGAAAAACUCCUCAGAGAUCGAAAUCAAGAAAAAGACAAAGAUGGUGGAGGAAGUGCUCCUUAGUCGCACUAAGAUUGAAGAAGAGAUUCGAAUUACCCAGUUACAGUUAGAAGCCUCACAGAAACAGAAAAGCUCUGCGGAGUCUGAGCUGCAGCAACUGAAAGCGCGAGCAGAAGAGGCAGACAAACAGAGAAAAGCAGCUCAGGACGAGGCUGAUAGACUUCGCAAACAGGUCAAGGACGAGUCUCAGAAGAAGAAACAGGCAGAGGAGGAGCUGAAGUUGAAGAUCCAGGCAGAAAAAGAUGCAGCUCGAGAGAAGCAAAAGGCUUUGGACGACUUGCAGCAUUACAAGAACCAGGCUGUAGACAUAGAGAGAAGAAUGAAACAGGCAGAAGUGGAGAAAGAGAAACAACUGCUGUUGGCUCAGGAAAUGGCUCAGAAAAGUGCUGCAACUGAACUUCAGAGCAAACGCAUCUCUUUCGAACAAAAGACAACAGAACUAGAGUUAUCUCUUAAACAGAAGCAUCAGACUGUUACCCAGUUACAGGAAGAGGCAACACAAUUGAAGAGACAGCAGGAGGCUGCAGAGACAGCCAAGAAAGAGGCUGAGAAGGAGCUUGAGAAGUGGCGUCAGAAAGCCAAUGAGGCUCUCCGGCUGAGACUGCAGGCAGAGGAGGUUGCCCAUAAGAAAUCGCUGGCUCAAGAGGAAGCAGAGAGGCAGAAGGAAGAGGCUGACCGCGAGGCCCGGAGGAGAGUGAAGACGGAGGAGUCAGCCUUACGGCAGAAGGAAAUGGCUGAGCAGGAGCUGGAGAAACAGAGGAAGUUGGCAGACGAGACAGCUCAGCAGAAGCUCUCUGCGGAGCAGGAGGUGAUCCGCUUACGGGCAGAGACGGAGAACGGAGAACAACAGAGGCUGCUCCUGGAAGAAGAACUCUACCGGCUAAAAAACGAGGUCAGUGAGGUUCUUCACCAGAGGAAGCUGCUGGAGGAGGAGUUAGCUAAAGUGAAAGCUGAAAUGGAGGUCCUACUGCAACUGAAAGUAAAAACUGAGGAGGAAACCAGAUCAAACACAGAAAAGACUAAACAAAUGCUGGAAACUGAGGCUCAGAAGAUGAAGGAACUGGCAGAAGAGGCAGGGAAACUGCGAGCGGUAGCAGAGGAUGCCAAGCGGCAGAGACAGCUGGCUGAAGAUGAAGCCUGUCACCAGAGGAGUGAGGCUGAGAGGAUAUUGAAAGAGAAACUUGCAGCUAUCAAUGAUGCCACCCGCUUAAAGACAGAGGCUGAAAUAGCACUGAAGGAGAAGGAAGCUGAAAAUGACCGUCUGCGGCGAAUGGCUGAGGAUGAAGCCUACCAACGGAAGCUUCUGGAAGAACAAGCAAUGCAGCACAAGCAAGACAUCGAUGAAAGAAUCACCCAGCUAAGAAAGAGCUCAGACCUUGAGCUAAACCGGCAAAAAGUCAUUGUGGAUGAGACUUUGAAACAUAGAAGAAUCAUUGAGGAGGAGAUUCGGAUCCUCAAACUGAACUUUGAAAAGGCUUCAGAAGACAAAUCCGACCUUGAAAUUGAGCUGAACAAGCUAAAAACCAUCGCCGAGGAAACACAGCACAGCAAAAGAGAAGCAGAGAAAGAAGCUGAGGCACAGCGAGCACUGGCUUCAGACGAAGCAAAGAAGAGACAAGAGGCUGAAAGAAAGGUCAAAGAAAUUCUUGCUGCAGAGGAAGAGGCUGCUCGGCAACGCAAGGCAGCACUGGAUGAGGUCGAGCGGCUGAAGAGGAUAUCUAAGGAUGCCUGGAAGCAGAAGGAGCUGUCAGAGAAAGAGGCCGAGAGGCAGAUUAGUUUGGCGCACGAAGCUGCUGAGAAACGUAUUGAAGCUGAGGAGAAAGCACAUCUGGCGACAGUGCAGCAGAAAGAACAGGAGCUUCUGCAAAGUAAAAAGCAGGAGAAGUCGAUGGUGGACAAGCUGAGGGAACAGGCAGAGAAUGCCAAGCAGCUGGCAGAGGAAGCAGAACAGGCCAGGCUGAGAGCGGAACAAGAGGCCACUUUCUGCAGGCAGCAAGCUGAAGAGGCUGAACGGUUGAAAGUCGGAGCUGAGAAAGAAGCUCAGCAAAAAGCCAAAGCUCAACAAGAUGCUGAAAAGCUGAGGAAAGAGGCUGAGCUUGAAGCUGCAAAGAGAGCGAAGGCUGAGGAGACAGCUCUGAAACAGAAACAAAUGGCUGACGCUGACAUGGAGAAGCACAAGAAGUUUGCUGAGCAGACACUGAGACAGAAGUCGGUUGUGGAACAGGAGCUGACAAAGGUUAAAUUGCAGUUGGAGGAGACAGACCAUCAGAAAUCUGUGUUAGAUGAAGAAUUGCAGCGUCUAAAGUCUGAGGUGACAGAGGCCAUAAAACAGAAGAAUCAAGCUGAAGCUGAACUCCACAAAGUCAAAAUCCACAUGGAAGAGCUGAUCAAACUGAAGACAAAGAUUGAAGAGGAAAACAAGAUGCUGGUUUUGAAGGAUAAGGAUAACACUCAGAAACAUCUCGCUCAAGAAGCAGAAAAAAUGAAGCAGCUAGCUGAGGACACAGCCAGGUUAAGCGUUGAGGCACAAGAAUCUGCCCGGCAGAGGAAACUGGCAGAGGAAGACUUGGCUCAACAGCGAGUGCUUGCUGAAAGGAUGUUGAAGGAGAAGAUGCAGGCUAUUCAGGAGGCCAACCAGCUGAGAGCAGAAGCUGAGAUGUUGCAGAAACAGAGAGACCAGGCUCAGGAACAGGCAAAGAAACUGUCAGAAGACAAGCAGCAGAUGCAGCAACGCCUGGUCGAGGAAACAGAAGAGUUCCAGAAGCUGCUGUUUACUGAGCGCCAGCGCCAGAUGGAGAUCGGUGAAGAAGCUCAGCAACUGAAGACUUUAGUCUCGGAACUUUCCGAAGCUCAGACCAAAGCUGAGAAGGAAGCUAAAAAAUUCAAAAAUGAAGCCAAGGAGAUCAGCUUGAAGCUUCAGGACAUCGAACAGACGACAAGAGAGAAAAACAGCGCUGUGGAGAAACUCGAACUUCAGUGGACCCAGAGUAAGAAAGAGGCCAGUGAGCUUCAGGAAGCCAUUUCAGCACUGGAGAAGGAGAAAGAGAAACUGAGGCAGGAAGCGGAGCUACUCCAACUGAAAGCAAAGGAGAUGGAAGCAGGGCAGAAGAUAGAAAUUGCCCAGACAACUCAGAUUCUUCAACAAAGCUUCAUCAGUGAGAAAGAGCUUCUGUUAAAGAAGGAAAAGAUGGUUGAAGAGGAAAAGGAGAAGCUAGAACGACUUUAUGAAGAUGAACUGAAGAAAUCCCAGUCCCUGAAGGAUGAGCAAAAUGAGCAGCUGAAGAAACUGGAGGAUGAGAAAAUCAAACUUCAGAGCAGAAUGGAGGAGUCAUUGAGAAAACAGAGGGAGGCGGAGAGCCAAGUUCAUGAUAAGCAAAGAGAACUUCAGGAAAUGGAGCAGAAGAGGCAGGAGAAAGAGAAGCAGCUUGCUGAUGAAAACCAGGCUCUUAAAGCGAUGUUAGAGCAACUGAAAGUACAGAAGAUGGAAGCACAGAGCAAUGAGAUGGCCCCAAUUCAGUCAGUGACAGUCACUCCGGUCAAAGCUCUCUCAAACGGCAGAGAUGUGGUAGAUUCCGCUUCUGCAAGUGCAGACACCAAACUCUCCUUCAGCGGUCUGCGCCAGCCAGUUCCUGCUGCUCGCUUACAGCAGGCUGGCAUUCUGAGCAAAAAGCAGUUCGAUAAACUGAAGAAAGGUUCGGUCACAGUAAAAGAACUCUCCCAAAAAGAACACCUGAAGAAUUAUCUGCAGGGUAAAAGCAGCAUUGCUGGUUUGAUCAUUGAACCCACAAAUGAGAAAAUGAGCAUCUAUGAAGCAUUGAAACAGAGGUUGUUGAAACCCAGCACAGCCACAAUACUGCUUGAGGCUCAGGCAGCCUCUGGCUUCAUCAUUGACCCUAUUAAGGACAAGAAACUGCCAGUGAACGAGGCCAUCAAGGAAGGAGUGGUUGGACCAGAGCUUCAGGACAAACUGCUGUCUGCUGAGAGAGCAGUAACAGGUUACAGAGAUCCCUACACAGGAAACACCAUCUCCCUGUUUGAAGCAAUGAAGAAAGAUCUCAUCCUUUCAAACUAUGGAAUUCGUCUGCUUCAGGCACAGCUGGCUACUGGAGGCAUCAUUGACCCAGUGAACAGCCAUCGCCUGCCCUUGGAACAAGCCUACAAACAGGGUUUACUGGAUGAGGACAUGAAUAAAACACUUGCCAGUGACACUGAUGAAAGCAAAGGGUUCUUCAACCCCAAUACUCAGGAGAAUCUUACAUACUCACAGCUAGUGGAAAGAUGUCAAAAGGAUCCAAAAACUGGCCUCUAUCUCUUGCCAUUGACCAAUGAAGCAGUGACACAAAAGGGAGGUUACACAAUGGAGCAGACACAUGACAUCUUCAGUACAGCCACAGUGUCUGUCCCAUCCGGUAAAUUCUCUGGGAAGACUGUUACCAUCUGGGAGUUGAUCAACUCUGAAUACUUCACUGAAGAACAGAGGAGAGACUUCAUUCGGCAAUACAGAUCUGGAAAGGUGACCAUUGAAAACAUUAUUAAAUUAAUCAUCACAAUUAUUGAUGAAACUGAGACCAAAAAACAGCUCCUCUUCAAUGGAUUGAGGGACAAGGUUCCUGCCAGUGAGUUAUUGGAAUCGAAGAUCAUUCACAAGAAGACUUUUGAUGAUCUUCAGAAGGGAAAGGCAACACCAGAAGAAGUCAGUAAGCUGGAGGCAGUAAUGAAAUUCCUACAGGGAUCAGACAGUAUUGCCGGAGUGUUUAUCGAACCUACAAAGGAGAAGAUGAGCAUUUAUGAAGCGAUGAAGAAGAAUCUGUUGAGUCCAAGCACUGCAGAGGCUUUACUGGAAGCUCAGGCAGCCUCAGGGUUCAUAGUUGAUCCUGUGAGGAAUCGGACCCUGACUGUUGAUGAAGCUGUUAAGGGAAGUCUCAUUGGGCCAGAACUCCACGAAAAGCUUCUAUCUGCUGAAAGAGCAGUAACUGGAUACACUGACCCCUACACCGGCAGGAAGAUCUCCUUAUUUGAGGCAAUCAACAAGAACCUCCUUCACAAGGAGCAUGGUAUCCAACUCCUAGAGGCACAGUUGGCAUCUGGAGGCAUCAUUGACCCUGUGACCAGCCAUCGCCUGCCCAUCGAAUUGGCCUACAAACGAGGCAUGUUUGAUGAGGAGAUGAAUCGAUUGUUGUCCACUCCCAGCGAUGACAAUAAAGGAUUUUAUGAUCCAAAUAGUGAGGAGAAUGUCACCUACCAGGAACUGAAGGAUAGAUGUAGAAAGGAUGAUACAACCGGCCUCUUCCUGCUGCCUCUGAGUGAGAAAGUUGUAGCGUUGAAACCUGCUUAUGAUGAAGAACAGACAAAAGAUACAUUUAAAAAGACCACAGUCUCUGCUCCCGCUGGCACAUUCACUGGGAGAACAGUCACCAUCUGGGAGCUGAUUAACUCCGAGUAUUUCACUGAUGAGCAGAGGAGGGAACUGAUUCGACAGUAUCGAUCAGGAAAGGUCACAGUGGAGAAGAUCAUCAGAAUUGUCAUCACAGUAAUUGAGGAAAAAGAAGCAAAGAAGAAACCACAACUCACCUUCAAUGGACUGAGGGACAAGGUUCCUGCCAGUGAGUUAUUGGAAUCGAAGAUCCUUGACGAGAAGACUUUUGAUGAUCUUCAGAAGGGAAAGGCAACACCAGAAGAAGUCAGUAAGCUGGAGGCAGUGAUGAAAUUCCUACAGGGAUCAGACAGCAUUGCCGGAGUGUUUAUCGAACCUACAAAGGAGAAGAUGAGCAUUUAUGAAGCGAUGAAGAAGAAUCUGUUGAGUCCAAGCACUGCAGAGGCUUUACUGGAAGCUCAGGCAGCCUCAGGGUUCAUAGUUGAUCCUGUGAGGAAUCGGACCCUGACUGUCGAUGAAGCUGUUAAGGGAAGUCUCAUUGGGCCAGAACUCCACGAGAAGCUUCUGUCUGCUGAGAAAGCAGUAACUGGAUACACUGACCCCUACACCGGCCGGAAGAUCUCCUUACUUGAAGCAAUGAAAAAGGACCUUAUACCCAAGGAGCAUGGUAUCCAUCUCCUACAGGCACAGUUGGCAUCUGGAGGCAUCAUUGACCCUGUGACCAGCCAUCGCCUGCCCAUCGAAUUGGCCUACAAACGAGGCAUGUUUGAUGAAGAGAUGAGCAAAACGUUGUCCACUCCCAGUGAUGACAUUAAAGGUUUCACUGACCCAAACACAGACGAACGUGUCACAUACCGCCAACUGAAGGAGAGAUGUAGAACUGACCCUGAGACAUCUCUUUACCUGUUGUCUUUGACAGAAGAGGCAAUAAAACAUGUGGACGUUCAUCCUGAGGAGGUGACUAAGGACAUUUUCCAAAAGGCUACAGUAUCUGUCCCAUUCGGUAAAUUCUCUGGGAAAACUGUUACCAUCUGGGAGUUGAUCAACUCUGAAUACUUCACUGAAGAACAGAGGAGGGACUUCAUUCGGCAAUACAGAUCUGGAAAGGUGACCAUUGAAAACACUAUUAAAUUAAUCAUCACGAUUAUUGAUGAAACUGAGACCAAAAAACAGCUCCUCUUCAAUGGAUUGAGGGACAAGGUUCCUGCCAGUGAGUUAUUGGAAUCGAAGAUCAUUCACAAGAAGACUUUUGAUGAUCUUCAGAAGGGAAAGGCAACACCAGAAGAAGUCAGUAAGCUGGAGGCAGUGAUGAAAUUCCUACAGGGAUCAGACAGUAUUGCCGGAGUGUUUAUCGAACCUACAAAGGAGAAGAUGAGCAUUUAUGAAGCGAUGAAGAAGAAUCUGUUGAGUCCAAGCACUGCAGAGGCUUUACUGGAAGCUCAGGCAGCCUCAGGGUUCAUAGUUGAUCCUGUGAGGAAUCGGACCCUGACUGUCGAUGAAGCUGUUAAGGGAGGUCUCAUUGGGCCAGAACUCCACGAGAAGCUUCUGUCUGCUGAGAAAGCAGUAACUGGAUACACUGACCCCUACACCGGCAGGAAGAUCUCCUUAUUUGAGGCAAUCAACAAGAACCUCCUUCACAAGGAGCAUGGUAUCCAACUUUUAGAGGCACAGUUGGCAUCUGGAGGCAUCAUUGACCCUGUGACCAGCCAUCGCCUGCCCAUCGAAUUGGCCUACAAACGAGGCAUGUUUGAUGAGGAGAUGAAUCGAUUGUUGUCCACUCCCAGCGAUGACAAUAAAGGAUUUUAUGAUCCAAAUAGUGAGGAGAAUGUCACCUACCAAGAACUGAAGGAUAGAUGUAGAAAGGAUGAUACAACCGGCCUCUUCCUGCUGCCUCUGAGUGAGAAAGCUGUAGCGUUGAAACCUGCUUAUGAUGAAGAACAGACAAAAGAUACAUUUAAAAAGACCACAGUCUCUGCUCCCGCUGGCACAUUCACUGGGAGAACAGUCACCAUCUGGGAGCUGAUUAACUCCGAGUAUUUCACUGAUGAACAGAGGAGGGAACUGAUUCGACAGUAUCGAUCAGGAAAGGUCACAGUGGAGAAGAUCAUCAGAAUUGUCAUCACAGUAAUUGAGGAAAAAGAAGCAAAGAAGAAACCACAACUCACCUUCAAUGGAUUGAGGGACAAGGUUCCUGCCAGUGAGUUAUUGGAAUCGAAGAUCCUUGACGAGAAGACUUUUGAUGAUCUUCAGAAGGGAAAGGCAACACCAGAAGAAGUCAGUAAGCUGGAGGCAGUGAUGAAAUUCCUACAGGGAUCAGACAGCAUUGCCGGAGUGUUUAUCGAACCUACAAAGGAGAAGAUGAGCAUUUAUGAAGCGAUGAAGAAGAAUCUGUUGAGUCCAAGCACUGCAGAGGCUUUACUGGAAGCUCAGGCAGCCUCAGGGUUCAUAGUUGAUCCUGUGAGGAAUCGGACCCUGACUGUCGAUGAAGCUGUUAAGGGAAGUCUCAUUGGGCCAGAACUCCACGAGAAGCUUCUGUCUGCUGAGAAAGCAGUAACUGGAUACACUGACCCCUACACCGGCCGGAAGAUCUCCUUACUUGAAGCAAUGAAAAAGGACCUUAUACCCAAGGAGCAUGGUAUCCAUCUCCUACAGGCACAGUUGGCAUCUGGAGGCAUCAUUGACCCUGUGACCAGCCAUCGCCUGCCCAUCGAAUUGGCCUACAAACGAGGCAUGUUUGAUGAAGAGAUGAGCAAAACAUUAUCCACUCCCAGUGAUGACAUUAAAGGUUUCACUGACCCAAACACAGACGAACGUGUCACAUACCGCCAACUGAAGGAGAGAUGUAGAACUGACCCUGAGACAUCUCUUUACCUGUUGUCUUUGACAGAAGAGGCAAUAAAACAUGUGGACGUUCACCCUGAGGAGGUGACUAAGGACAUUUUCCAAAAGGCUACAGUAUCUGUCCCAUCCGGUAAAUUCUCUGGGAAAACUGUUACCAUCUGGGAGUUGAUCAACUCUGAAUACUUCACUGAAGAACAGAGGAGAGACUUCAUUCGGCAAUACAGAUCUGGAAAGGUGACUGUGGAAAAGAUAAUUACAAUCGUUGUUACAGUCAUUGAGGAAACUGAAAUGAAGAGGAAACCACAGAUAGCACUUGAUGGAUUGAGGGACAAGGUUCCUGCCAGUGAGUUAUUGGAAUCGAAGAUCAUUCACAAGAAGACUUUUGAUGAUCUUCAGAAGGGAAAGGCAACACCAGAAGAAGUCAGUAAGCUGGAGGCAGUGAUGAAAUUCCUACAGGGAUCAGACAGUAUUGCCGGAGUGUUUAUCGAACCUACAAAGGAGAAGAUGAGCAUUUAUGAAGCGAUGAAGAAGAAUUUGUUGAGUCCAAGCACUGCAGAGGCUUUACUGGAAGCUCAGGCAGCCUCAGGGUUCAUAGUUGAUCCUGUGAGGAAUCGGACCCUGACUGUCGAUGAAGCUGUUAAGGGAAGUCUCAUUGGGCCAGAACUCCACGAAAAGCUUCUGUCUGCUGAGAAAGCAGUAACUGGAUACACUGACCCCUACACUGGCCAGAAGAUCUCCUUAUACCAAGCAAUCAAGAAAGAUCUUGUCUCUAAAGAUCAUGGUGUCCGUCUCCUAGAGGCACAGAUUGCCACGGGAGGCAUCAUCGACCCUGUGCACAGUCACCGACUGCCCGUCGAUGUAGCUUACAAACGAGGCAUGUUUGAUGAGGCGAUGAACAAGAUUCUCUCAGACGCUGGUGAUGAAAGCAAAGGGUUUGUUGACCCCAACACUGAAGAGGAGAUCACCUAUCAGCAGCUAAAGGACAGAUGUGUAACAGAUCCUGAAACAGGUCUCUACCUCAUACCCAUGAAGGACAGAGAGAAACCAAAAGUGAUUGAGAAUAUGAUCCACAGUGAGAUUGAAACAAGGGAGGUGUUUGAAAACACUACAGUGGACCUUCCUGAGGGGACAUUAGGUGGGAAGUCCAUGUCAGUUUGGGAGAUCUUGAACUCUGAGUUCAUUUCAGAGAAAGAAAGGCUCAAGUUAACAAAAGAAUAUCAGUUUGGGAAAAUCACACGUGAGCGUUUAGUUGUGAUAAUCAUUGAGAUUAUUCAGCAGGUGGAAAUACGCAGAGGAUAUGAAAGGAUUACAUUCAAUACUUUCCGUGGCAAGAUCACUGCUGAGCAGCUGUAUUCCUCAAGAAUUAUUGACCUGGAAACUCUUAAUAAGCUAAAGGAGAAAAAACUAACAGUGAGAGAAGUAUGUGAAAUGGAAUCAGUAAGGAAGUACCUGUUUGGAACAGGAGCCAUCUGUGGCCUUUAUAAAUGUGCUGGGAAGGAAGUGUUAAACCUGUAUGAUGCAAUGAAGAAAGGUUUGGUGAAACCUGAAGUAGCUCAUGCUCUAUUAGAAGCCCAGGCAGCCACUGGCUUCAUCCUGGAUCCUGUGAAGAAUAAGAGACUGACUGUGGAUGAGGCUGUGAGGGAGGGUCUGGUGGGUCCUGAGCUCCACGACAAACUGCUUUCAGCAGAACGAGCAGUCACUGGUUACCGAGACCCUUACACUGGGAAUAUCAUCUCGCUUUUCCAAGCCAUGAAGAAAGGCUUCGUUGUGAGAGACUACGUCCUGAGGCUACUCGAUGCCCAGCUGGUCACGGGUGGGAUUAUUGACCCAGAACACAGCUAUCACCUACCCCUGGAGGCUGCGUACCAGCGUGGCUACCUCGACCGGGAGACUUACAGUCUGCUCACCGAUCCGGCUGAGGGGUCACAAGGAUUCCUUGACCCCUACACUGAGGAACCAGUGAGCUACAGUCAACUGAUGGCAAGGUGCAGGGUUGAUGAAAAUACAGGCCAUCGCCUAUUGACUCUGACAGACAAGAAAAGGGUGAUGUUCCAGGGUCUGCGAAAGCAGAUCACAAUGGAAGAACUUGUAGCAUCAGGUAUCAUUACCAGCUCCGUCGCUACACAGUUACAGGAGGGUGAAACCACUGUUGACGAAGUUAGCAACAGCAUCAAGAAAUAUUUGGAAGGCACCAGUUGUAUUUCAGGUGUGUUUGUUGAGGCUUCCAAGGAGAGACUAUCCAUUUACCAAGCUAUGAAGAAGGGAAUGAUCAGACCUGGAACAGCAUUUGAAUUGUUGGAGGCCCAAGCAGCAACUGGUUAUGUGAUUGACCCAAUUAAAAACAUGAAAUUAUCUGUCAGCGAAGCAGUGAAAAUGGGAGUGGUGGGUCCAGAAUUUAAGGAUAAGCUUCAGUCAGCUGAGAGAGCAGUUACUGGUUACAGAGAUCCUUACUCAGGUACACUUAUGUCUCUGUUUCAAGCUAUGCAGAAAAGUUUGAUUCUCAAAGACCAUGGGAUCCGUUUAUUGGAAUCACAGAUUGCUACAGGAGGCAUCAUAGACCCCGAGCAUAGCCACCGACUGCCUGUUGAAGUGGCCUACAAACGUGGUCUGUUCGAUGAGGAGAUGAACAGGAUAUUAGCUGAUCCAGGAGAUGACACUAAGGGUUUCUUUGAUCCAAACACAGAGGAAAAUCUCACCUACCUUCAGCUGAAGGAACGGUGUGUGGUAGAUUCAGACACUGGACUCUGUUUACUAAUCCUGAAAGAUAAGAAGAGAGAGAGGAAGACUUCAUCCAAGUCAUCUGUUCGCAAACGGCGGGUGGUCAUUGUUGAUCCUGAAACUGGUAAAGAAAUGUCUGUCUACGAGGCUUAUCGUAAAGGACUGAUUGACCAUCAGACUUACACUGAGCUCUCCGAACAGGAGUGUGAAUGGGAAGAAGUGACUACUUCCUCAUCAGAUGGUGUGGUAAAGUCAAUGAUCACUGACAGGCGAUCAGGUAGGCAGUAUGAUAUCGAUGAUGCACUCUCCAGAGGGUUGAUUGACCAAGGUUCUUUGGAUCUUUAUCGCUCAGGAGCUCUCUCCAUUACUGAAUUUGCUGAUAUGUUAUCAGGAAAUAUGAGUGGAUUCCGCUCCCGAUCUUCCUCGGUUGGAUCCUCAUCUUCGUACACAAGCCAACAGGCUAGUCCCAUGAGAAGCCACAUGGUUACAUGGAGUGAUCCAGUGGAGGAGACUGGUCCAGUUGCUGGCAUCUUGGACACUGAUACACUUGAGAAAGUCUCCAUCACAGAAGCAAUGCACCGUAACCUAGUGGACAAUAUCACUGGACAGCGGUUACUGGAAGCCCAGGCCUGUACUGGGGGAAUCAUUGAUCCCAAUACAGGAGACAAGUAUUCUGUCUCAGAUGCUGUCGGCAAAGGCCUAGUGGACAAGAUCAUGGUGGACAGGAUCAAUCUGGCUCAGAAAGCGUUCAAUGGAUUUGAAGAUCCAAGAACCAAGAGUAAAAUGUCUGCCGCUCAGGCCUUGAAGAAAGGCUGGUUAUAUUAUGAAGCUGGUCAGCGAUUCCUGGAGGUACAGUACCUGACAGGUGGACUCAUUGAACCAGAUGUCCCUGGGCGAGUGCCUCUUGAUGAAGCUUUACAAAAGGGCACCAUUGAUGCACGUACAGCACAGAAGCUGAGGGAUGUUGGGACUUAUGCAAAGUAUAUAACCUGCCCCAAAACCAAACUGAAGAUCUCCUACAAGGAUGCAAUGGACCGAUCGAUGGUUGAGGAAGGGUCUGGCCUGCGUUUGCUGGAAGCAUCUUCGCAGUCCACCAAAGGCUUCUACAGCCCCUACAACAUGAGCGGAGCUGGUUCCUCCGCAGGUUCCCGUUCAGGUUCAAGAACAGGAUCCAGAACGGGCUCUAGACGAGGAAGCUUUGAUGCCACAGGAUCUGGUUAUUCCAUGUCCUUCUCCUCCUCCUCAUACACAUCAUCCAGUUACGGCCGCAGAUUGGCAGCCAGUGUCCCUGGAGGGAGGGAGGUGGCGUCUAUGCCUCAGAGUCUCCCUACUCCUCGGCCCCUCUACCACCCAGAGGAAAGCUCCCCUUUCAACCAGACCCAGCUUCUACAAGCGGCGAUAAUGUAGCUACGCCACCCAUCCCAUCCCCCCCUUCCCCAUCCUGCUCUACAACUAGCAAUGGUCAAGAAACAGUCCGUGUUUAAGGACAAGGGAAAAAAUUAUUGUUAUGAAACAUUUUAGAGAGAAACUUAUUUUAAUUAUACCCAUCACCUCAGUCCCUCUGAGUUUUAAAUAAUCUUGUCAUUUGAAAUUAAUCAGAUGGAAUGUAUAUGUUUGGAAUAAGAAGAGAAUAUUUAUCAGGAUAUGAUUUUUCCUGUGAGUUUUCCCACUGGUGAUGAUUUCCUUGCUAUUUGUAGAGCAGCUGGAUUAACCUCAAACCACUGCUGCCAUAUAUGCCUGAUCUUAUUGUAUCAGUGGGGAGAAUUUGUAAUGUCCAAACCUCAAAACUUUCUUCUUAUUGAAUGCACUGACCCACAGCGUGCCCAGAUAUCUCGCUUUCUAUUUUUAAGAAAUAUGCUGCAAAUAUUAAGAGCUUUUCUUCCAUUGAACUAUAACAAAGACUUGAUACUGUUUAAAAAAAACCAAAUAUUAAUAAGGUGCCAUCUUUCAAAUUUCUCGAACCCUCCUCAGGCAGGGUUCCAGUCUGCUGCAGGAAUACUCUAAUCAACUCUUCCCUCAUCACAUCUGUCUCCGUUUUAAUGACCAUUUAUAUCUGAGUGAAUUCUGACUCCUUGUGUGAACUAGGACAGCUCCAAAAAGCCUUCAAAAUUAACCAACCUGCCAAUCACUGGUUGAAUCUUCAUCCUUGCUACCAUCUUCGUGUACAUGGAAACUGAUAGGUGCUUCGAUUGAGGUUCCACAGGCUCCUCGCAAUGCAGCCAGUACCCAGAAGUUCCUGUGGACAUCUUGUUACAAAAAGGUGAAGCCAGUGUCUCUGUGCUUGAUACCGGGGCAAAUUCAAACCUUCACACAGACUGAGCCUUUACGGGGCCGUCACACCAGAACAUUCCGGAAAGUCAGCGGGGACAAGGAAAGCAUCAUGGGGAGUUCAUUGUUCCUGAAUGUGACUUCCUUCACCUCCGAACUCUGAGGACUCAGUGCCCUGUUACACAAACCAUAUGGAGCAGAAGGACUCUCUAGCAUUGGAACUCAGAAACCGCCCCUCAGAGAGAUGUGCAGCCUCUCACAGCCCUCAUUUUAUUGACCUGUUUGUGUUGUGUUUAAAUUUAGUGCAUUUCUCAUCCACCUUUAUGUUUUUGAUGUAUUUUUUUGCUAUGCAUGCCUUACUAACUCAGUCAGGAGAUCCCAAGCGUUCGAAAGAGCCUGUUUAUAUCAAAGCAGUGAGUUUAACACACUAACUGAUGACAAACCAGACAACCCCUGCAGAGAUUAAAAAAAAACCAUCAGCAUACCGAAGAUGAGUUGUUCAAGGAUGCCUCAAUGCAAAGGGACAAUUAAAGAGACAUUAAUAUAUAAAA